GCAAUUUGUAGGAUGGUGGACAACCAACCCAAAUGUGAGCCCUACAAGAUGUCCUGCAAAGACUUUCCGUGUCCAAUGGGGGCAAUUUGUAGGAUGGUGGACAACCAACCCAAAUGCGAGCUCAACCCGUUGUCCUGCAAAGAUUUUCCGUGUCCAAUGGGGACAAUUUGUAGGAUGGUGGACAACCAACCCAAAUGUGAGCCCUACCAGAUGUCCUGCAAAGAUUUCCCGUGUCCAAUGGGGACAAUUUGUAGGAUGGUGGACAACCAACCCAAAUGUGAGCCCUACAAGUUGUCCUGCAAAGAUUUCCCGUGUCCAAUGGGGGCAAUUUGUAGGAUGGUGGACAACCAACCCAAAUGUGAGCCCUACAAGAUGUCCUGCAAAGACUUUCCGUGUCCAAUGGGGGCAAUUUGUAGGAUGGUGGACAACCAACCCAAAUGUGAGCCCCACAAGUUGUCCUGCAACGACAUCCAUUGCCCAAAGGGCGAAACCUGCAAGCUGACAGAGGGGGACUCACCCCGAUGCGUCCCCACACACCACCCCCCUCUCGUCUGCCACGUCCUGAGGCAGUGGAGGUACCGAGCUUUUGAUGGGAGGGGGUACAGCUUGGGGGGUCCCUGCUCCCAAACUCUUGUGAGCACUUGUGGGGCCCGGAAGACUUUCCUUAACGUCACGGUGGGAGGACAAGAUGGCGCGGGACCGGCUGCAUCCUUUGCCUACGUCAUGCUGCAAGGCGACGGCUACGAGGUCGUGCUGCUGCGAGGAGAGGAGAAGAUGGCAAGGGUAUCCGGAAGCGUCGUCCCCCUUCCCCUCCUGAUGGUGGGGGGCCGAGUGCGUGUAGAGAGAAGGGGGGGACAGAGAAGAGUGGAGCUGCCCCCCGGGGUGCGCGUGGCCAUCGGCGGGGACGGCGCGGUGACGGUGACGGUGCCGGCGGAGCUGAGGGAAGAGCUGUGUGGGAUCUGCGCCCAUCCCGAAAGUGGGGCAGGAAAGUGCGCUCCUUCCUGCUCAUCCAAAUCCCCACCGGCGUCUUGCGCCCCCGUCCCCAACCCCGUCCCCAACCGUCCCCCCCCUUCCAACUCCAGCUGCUCGGCCCUUGGGGUCGGCCACGUCCGCACCUUCGAUCUCCUCCAUCACGAUUUUUCGGGUUCCUGCCUUCGCCUUUUGGUUGAGGAAUGUUCCGGAACGAAAACAAAUCCAUUCUUUCGUAUCCUCAUCCGAUCCGGAUCCGGAGGCAUCGUCGGAGUCGUGAUUCAAUGGCAGCGAAUGGUGGUGGAGAUGGAAGAGGAAAAGGUGACGCUUCACGGAGCGCCCAUCACCCUGCCCUACACCGCCAAGCAUUCCGCCCUGACCGUGGAACGGCGGGGGUGGGAGGUGGAGCUGAGGACCCCCUGGGGGCUUCGCGUCGCCUACGACGGGCAGCACGGGAGGGUGAGCGUCCAGGUGGAGAGUUCCUACGCCGGCCGACUCUGCGGGCUGUGCGGGGAUUUCGACGGGGAUCCCCGUAACGAUUUGGCGCCGGCGAGAGGAUGGAGAGUAGGGGAAGAGGAAGGAUGCGAGGACGGGUCGGGAUGCGGGGAGGAAGAGGGGAAAAAAGGAGCCCAAAGCGAAGAAUGCGGGGUGUUGUUGGAUAAGGACGGGCCGUUCCGGCUCUGCCACGAGGCGGUGCACCCCGAAACGUACUACAGGGAUUGCAUGGCCGACCGGUGUCACGACGACGGGGUCUGUCGCGUCGUCGCCGCUUACGUGGCUGCUUGUCAGGAAGUGGGGAAGGAAGUCCUGGAGUGGAGAAGCGAGGGGUUCUGCG